CGGGGCGCGCGGACGGUGGCGAGAGCGCGCGGGACGCUCUAGGACCCAGCUGCGGUCGUCGGGUUUGGGGCUGAAGCAAAGCCCUGACAUUUCUCUCUUUCCCAUGUGAAUGAGGCCAAUUGUCGGGCGCCACUUCCCCGAGCUGCCCCAUGCCAUGCCCAGCAGCUGCCUUUCCCCCGCCGCGGGACUGAACUAGCCAUGCUCGCCUCAUGUGGAGGGCAAAGUUGCGCCGGGGAACUUGUGAGCCUGCGGUGAAAGAGUUCCUGUCCCUGGGCUGCUGCAGCUGCUUGAUAGACAUGCCAGUAUCAUCAAGUUGUAACAACAGAGACAAGCUGGAGGAAGCCAGGGCAGCUCCGCCUCCUGUCUGUUACAGUCCUAGCAGUCCCAUCCAGAUUCUAGAAGACCCCAACUGUUUUUUCUCAGGCCUUCAGCUCUAUUCUGGGAGGAAUGAAGCAUCUGCUUUGACUGUGGAGGCAAACGGUAACCUCAGAGAAAAAGUUGUUGAGGAUCCUCUUUGUAACUUCCUCUCUACGAACUUCCUGAGGAUUUCAGAGGUGGAAAUGAGAGGUUCCGAGGAUGCGGCAGCUGGAACAGUAUUACAGCGGCUGAUUCAGGAACAACUGCGAUAUGGCACCCCAACUGAGAACAUGAACUUGCUGGCCAUUCAGCACCAGGCCACAGGGAGUGCAGGACCAGCUCACCCUACAAACAACUUUUCUUCCACGGAAAACCUCACUCAAGAAGACCCACAAAUGGUCUACCAGUCAGCACGCCAGGAACCGCAGGGUCAAGAACACCAGGUGGACAACACGGUGAUGGAGAAGCAGGUCCGCUCCACGCAGCCACAGCAGAACAAUGAGGAGCUGCCCACUUACGAGGAGGCCAAGGCCCAGUCACAGUUUUUCAGGGGGCAGCAGCAGCAGGGGCCCGCAGGCCACAGUUACUACAUGGCUGGGGGCACCAGUCAGAAGUCUCGCACUGAGGGGAGGGCCACGGUGAGCCGUGCCAACAGUGGACAGGCGCAUAAGGAUGAAGCGCUGAAAGAACUGAAGCAGGGCCAUGUCCGCUCCCUCAGUGAAAGGAUCAUGCAGCUAUCAUUGGAGAGGAAUGGUGCUAAGCAACACCUCCCUGGCUCAGGGAGUGGAAAGGGGUUCAAAGCAGGAGGGGGACCCUCGCCAGCCCAGCCCGGUGGGAAAAUCCUGGACCCUCGAGGUCCUCCACCUGAGUACCCCUUCAAGACCAAGCAAAUGAUGUCCCCAGUCAGCAAGAACCAGGAUCAUGGUCUUUUCUACGGUGACCAGCACCCAGGGAUGCUCCAUGAUAUGGUCAAGCCUUACCCUGCCCCUCAGCCUGCGAGAACAGAAGUGGCCGUCCUGAGGUACCAGCCACCCCCAGAGUAUGGGGUCACCAGCCGCCCAUGCCAACUUCCGUUCCCGUCAACAGUGCAACAGCACAGCCCCAUGUCCUCACAGACCUCCUCCGUCAGUGGGCCACUGCACUCCAUCUCCUUGCCACUUCCACUUCCGAUGACCCUGGCGACUCAACAGCCCCCUCCAGCUCCCUCCCCUAGCCAGCAGCUUGGUCCGGAUGCCUUUGCGAUUGUGGAGCGAGCCCAGCAAAUGGUGGAGAUACUAACAGAGGAGAACCGGGCGCUUCACCAGGAACUGCAAGGCUAUUAUGACAAUGCCGACAAGCUUCACAAGUUUGAAAAAGAACUUCAAAGAAUUUCAGAAGCCUAUGAAAGUCUGGUCAAGUCGACCACCAAGCGAGAGUCGCUGGACAAGGCAAUGAGAAACAAACUGGAAGGCGAGAUCAGACGACUUCAUGAUUUCAACAGAGACCUCCGAGAUCGACUAGAGACAGCCAACAGACAGCUGUGCAGCAGGGAAUACCAGGGGCAUGAAGAUGAAGCUGCAGAGGGUCAUUAUGCUUCCCAGAACAAAGAAUUCUUGAAGGAAAAGGAGAAGUUAGAAAUGGAGUUAGCAGCGGUGCGGACUGCAAGUGAGGACCAUCGGAGACACAUCGAGAUCCUGGACCAGGCUUUGAGCAAUGCCCAGGCCAAAGUCAUCAAGCUGGAAGAGGAGCUACGAGAGAAGCAGGCAUAUGUGGAAAAAGUUGAGAAGCUGCAGCAGGCCCUGACACAGCUGCAGUCUGCAUGUGAGAAGCGAGAGCAGAUGGAGCGCAGGCUGCGGACCUGGUUGGAGAGAGAGCUGGAUGCGCUGAGGACCCAGCAGAAACAUGGAAAUGGCCAUCAGGCUGGCAUGCCAGAAUACAAUGCUCCGGCCCUCAUGGAACUUGUACGGGAGAAGGAAGAGCGGAUCCUAGCCCUGGAGGCUGACAUGACCAAGUGGGAGCAGAAGUACCUCGAGGAGAGCACCAUCCGACACUUCGCCAUGAAUGCUGCAGCCACUGCUGCAGCUGAGAGGGACACCACAAUCAUCAACCACUCGAGGAAUGGCAGCUACGGGGAGAGCUCGCUGGAGGCCCACAUCUGGCAGGAGGAGGAGGAGGUGGUGCAGGCCAACAGAAGGUGUCAGGACAUGGAGUACACUAUUAAAAACCUACAUGCCAAAAUCAUAGAGAAGGAUGCCAUGAUUAAGGUGCUUCAGCAGCGAGCCCGUAAAGAUGCCGGGAAGACAGACUCCUCAAGCCUGCGGCCAGCUCGUUCUGUCCCAUCCAUUGCAGCGGCCACUGGGACACACUCCCGCCAGACCUCGCUUACCAGCAGCCAGCUGGCUGAGGAGAAGAAGGAAGAGAAGACCUGGAAGGGGAGCAUAGGAUUGCUGCUGGGGAAGGAACACCAUGAACAUACUUCUGCCCCACUGCUGCCAACCCCACCUGCCUCUGCACUGGCCCCUGCGGCCUCUUCCACGUCAGCCAGCAGCGCCCAUGCUAAGACAGGCAGCAAGGACAGCAGCACCCAGACGGACAAGAGCACCGAACUCUUCUGGCCCAACAUGGCCUCCCUCCCCAGCCGCAGCAGGCUGAGCACAACCCCUUCCAACAGCCCUGUCCUGAAACAUCCAGUGGCCAAAGGGACCACGGAGAAACUGGAGAGCUCUCCUGGCCAUGGGAAGUCACCAGAGCACAGAGGCCGCGUCAGUAGCUUGCUGCACAAGCCCGAGUUCCCUGAUGGAGAGAUGAUGGAAGUUCUCAUCUAAUUCUGUCGUCCUUGUUGAAUUUCAUACUGCGACACUGGCAAAUCAAGAAAGUGGCAGAGAGGGAGACGAGCGAUCGAGGAGGUUGUGGAUGGGAAGCCAGGAAUGAUGUGAACUGAUAAAGAUUACAGAGUAAUAAGAACACUUUUUAUAAAUGUUAAAAACAAACAUAGGAGACCUACAUGACUGUGGAGAGAAGAGAAUGCUAUGGAUUUUCUUACAUGUAGUGGAAGAGAAGAUGCAUGUAGGUUUGGAAACAAGUUAAGAAGAAGUAGGAAAUGGAAUUUUUCAUUGUACAGAAGUUGUAUCUUUUGGGGAGGCUUGGUGUACCCCCAUUCUUUGGUUAUGAAGAGACAAACCUAGACAUGGAUUUUCCUUGAAUAAGCCCCAUUCUGCUUGCCUCUUAGCAUGUUUCAUUUAAAAAGAAUCUCCUAGACAUGUCUAGAGCCCAUCUUGGCACUACGCAGUAUCACCAUGCCUUUGCAGGUGUCCUGCUAGCAGUGAGAAGAAUUGCCCAGGAAUGAAGGGAAAUUUCAGGGGCAGUCUUCACCUCAUUACUUGUUUGGCUUGGGUUUUCAGGAGAUUGCGGGCUUCUUAGCUUUUCUGGAUUUUGUGGUAAUUUCUAAACAGAUGAAAGCGUUAGGAUCUUGGUCCUCAUCCUCCCUAACUUCUCUGAGUUUGUCUCUGCUUUACUUUCUUUAGUUUUGCUUUUCUGUCACUCCUUCCUUUUUUUUCUUUUUAAUAAGAUAUUACAGGGUCCCUUAGGUAUGGGACUUAGAAGAUCAUUAUUUGAACUCUCCUCGUUCCUGCCAUAUCAAAUAGUGGCCAGUAGAAAACAUCCCUGCUGGCUUUUGGGUUGGGCUGAAGUUGUUAUUCCCAUUCUGGCUGCACACUGGCUGGGGAAGCUUUCAUAAGGUGGAAGAUUCCUUGGGUCACUGUCACACUUUACAUCAAGAUCAUGGCACUGGGUUUUUUUCUUUCACACAUCAGUUUUCUCAUAAGGAGCUUGAUAUUUUUGUUCCCUUACUCUGUUGGGGUAAGGUCUUCAAGACAGCACUGGAUGACAGUUUACAAUGUCUCGGUGGCAUCCAGAAUGUCUCCAGGUGCCCUGUACCACAUUUUUGUAUUUGGGGCUCACAAGUCUAUUCACCACUGACUUCUUGUCCCUGGUUGCUGCUGAUGAGCCUGCAGACUACCCAUGUGUGCUUCUCUCUGCUGUGAACUUGCCUUGAAACCUGUCAAGUGCCACUAGGAAGAGCCGUGAGUGAAUGAGGUGGUGGGCCUCUUGUCUGUCUGCUCUGAUGUUGAGGAGCUAAGCAGGUGUCAGGUGCUCUUGUAGAAUCCUGAAUUUUUUCCCUAAGUACACUGAACCCAUGUUUUCCCAGAUCUCUUCCUUUCCUUGUGCUUCCUUACAGGAAAAGGAAAGAAGAAAAAGCCUAGGUCUGAGCAUUUUUUUUUCUCAUAUUAAAAAUUGAAUCCAGAGCCUUCUACAUGUUAGGAAAGCAGUCUGUCACUGGGCUACAUCCCCAGAACUUUUUAAAAAUUUUGAGACAAGGUCUUGCUAAAUUGCCCAAGCUGGCCUCAAACAUAUAUGAGUGUCCUGCCUCAGCCUCCUCAAUGGCUGGGAUUACAGGUGUGGGUCACUGUAACCACUCACAUGUGAGGUUUUUUAAAGGAACUCUUAAAUGAAAUACUGAAGAGUACUACUCAGGUAACUUCAUUUGGGUAGCUUAUUUUAGGACUGGUCUUUGAACCAUAACCUGAUAAAGUUACAGCGUCCCCAAAUUGAGGAGGUAGAAAGAAGACAAGAGGUGUAGGGUGCAGAGGGGAGGGAGGAAAUUGAUAGCUUUGGAGAACAGGGCUCUAAGCCACUGAUGUGACAAGACUAAGUGGGAACCUACCCGCCCUACCUCUGCUGGUCACUGGGCACUGAGCUGCCCAGUGUGCUGCCUGCUUGUUACCUCCUCUAGUCUCAGACUAAGCAUCAAGUGUUCAUAUUGCACAGAACAGGAAACCAAGGCAGCGCCAAGAGCCUGCACACUGAUAGCUCACCCUGAGGUGUGGGAAGAGAGCACGAGAAGCCUCAUGGUGGUGAUGAGCUCAGGGAUGAUGUAGAUGCCAGAGGGGGUGAAGUGGAGGGAGCACAUCUGAUCACUUUUCAUGGGCCAUGAGGGAGGUCCAGUUGAUGACAACAAAUUCUCUUAAGGACAUUUUAAUCCCAAUCAAUGUUGGGGAUAGACCAGAAAGGAAACUGUUGAGAGAUGGGAAAGGAAGUCAACUGCUGUCCUGCACUUCCAUGUCUGGGCCACCCCAAACUUGGGCUCUCUCUCCAACAACAGGCAAAAGCGAGAACAACAGUUCAGUUUCUCCCAAAGCUUGGUCUACAUACUCCAGAUGCUGCAUCUGCACAUUCAGGCGUGAAGUUCACUGCCUUUUGUAGGGCCCCUGAAUUACUGUGUCUUCACUGUCAGCAUAAAGAUGGAAACAUGACCAUACAUCAGGGCUUCAAGUACAGUUGUACUGUCACUUUUGCCAGUCUUGUUUUCCUCCUAAUCGGUAAGACUCCUCUGUGAGAAAGGGGAUCUGUAGCUUUCAGAUAUCUUCUUUUAUGGGCAGUGUUCUGCCAAGCAAGAGCCCUGAAUGAACCCUUUCAUUUUCAUAGUUUCUUAAAGCCUAGCUUGCUUAUAGGAAGAAUGGAUUGUAGAUGCCGAGCACCCACUCUGAGCUCUGGGCAGUCUACAGUUCCUUAUCUCAUUGAAAUUGGAGAAUAAUGCUAGCUAUAUUUUAUAGUGCUGACUGUAUGCAGGCACUGUGGUGUGUACCUUUUAAUUAGUCCUCAGUGUCCGGGGAGCAGGAGCAAGUUCAUUAUUCUAAUUGCAGGGAAUCAGAAACUCAGGCUCGGGAAUGUUAAGUCCCUUCUCAAAGCCUCACAGCCUAAACUACAGGAUGCACAGCCUCAAACAAGACCUGCAUUACUAUGUCUGAGCUCUCUGUGUAUUUGUGAUGUGUUUGCAACAUAGAAGCAGCAGAAGAAGCAGCUGUACCUCUCAGAACCUAGGAAAUAGCAUGAAACCCAGAACCCCUAAAAUUACCAAUCAACACCAGGCAUAGUUGGAAAUCUUUGUGUUCUAUUAUAUUACAGUUACAAAACACAUCUUAAAAAAUAAUUCUGCAUUGUCCAAAGGCUUAGUCUUCUUCAGAACUUCUCAGGGACAUCUGACCCUAGGACUUGACCAGCUCAGGUAAAGGGUCAGUGCUUUGGCUUUGAGCAAAGGUGUGUCAGAGAAGUGUAGCUUCACCUUGGGUGGAUUCUGAUAAUAUCUUAAUGCUGCCAGGAUUUUACAUGAAAUAUAAGAUGUAGUUGGGAUCAGCCCUAUGACCCUAGAGUUUCACUGAAUAGAUGGGUUUGUUUGUAAGAAUUAUUACUGUCUGUAGGUCCAUAUAGCUAAAGCUGCCAGGAAAUGCACAUUUUUCAAAAAUACCAGCAUGUAUGGAACACUCUUAAUGUUCUUUUCUUAGUGUUCCGUCUGCUUUCCGGAGGCUGGUGGCCAGGGGCAGUGUGGAGUUCAGCAUGUUCUCACCAUGCCCACAGGACAGAGCGGCUCUUUCUUCCCCAGCUUGGUUGGGACAGCAAUGAGUGGCAGAGUCCUUCUCAUUUCAGUUGUCUGAGGGUUGCCAACUCAUGUGUGAGUUUGACUACAAAGCUGGAGUGGGUAUCAAGUUGCUCCAAAUAAGUUCUGAACAUGGAAUAGAGAAUCCAGUGGUUCUGUUGAUCAGAGAAGAGGCUUUCAGAAUGACCCCUGCAGAAAAGCAAGUCAUCAUCCACUUUGCUCCCACUUGGGUUACCUUUGGCCACCUGCACUCUGGUGAUGCUGUGGCUGAAGCACCUUUAUGCCAAGUAUGGUUAGAUGGAGAAAUUCUCCCCAGCAACCUGCUUAGUCCCAGAGAACACAAUCAAGCAAUGCCAUGGUCCCAGGAGACAGUGAAGGAGAGCUAGGGGUUUGAAAGACUUCAAGGCAGGGAGCUCACAUGUAGGCUAGAGAGAGCUAUGCUGAGCAAAGAGAUGUGAUGUCCAAAAUGAAGUCUUGCUCCAUGUCUGCUCUGGAGCAAGUAGGGCAAGCAUGUUUCUCUGCUCUGUGAAUGAUCUUGCAUAUUUCUGAAGGAAAGGAGUCUCAAGGCCAUUGGAAGUGGGAUUUCACCAAUGUUCUUAAAUGGUGAAGGCUCUAAGAAGCCAGAGAGUACACAGCCCACCAGUUGCUUCUCCACAUCCCCAAACCUAAGGUGGUGAUGGUAUAUACUUUGUAAAUGUUGGCUUUCUUUACUUUUUUCUUGCUAAUGAAUCAAUGUGUUUAAAAUGUCUUCAUUUCAUGUAAGGAUUGCUUGCUGUGUUUGCUUUUGAUGUGUGGCUCCAUGGGAGAUGGGGAAAGGAAUUAAGUUACCAGAAGCUGGUCAGCUGAGAGGAUGCAAAGGUCAGAGUUUCAGUAAAUGACUUUCUUCUUGAACUAAAGAACAUAUUUUUCUCUUUCUAAGUACUGUACCUUCUCAUUUAGUAAUUUACUGAUAUAUUAAGAUGUAUGUAUUUGAGUGCACAUGAGAUAUGACUAAGGGUUGUGAGUAGAAUUUUUUAAUAUCCAGAAAACCCAAGUUUUGCAUCAUAAUGUGGGUGGGUGAUCUCCCUUUGGGAAACUAUGUACUGAGUACUACAGCUCUGCCCAAGUAAUUAAGAAAAUUAUGGGAAUUCCUUUAUUAGAGUGGCUUUUAGGGUCUGGCAUGUUCCUUUAAUUUCCCUGGAAAGGUGAGAAAUCUUUAUCUUUUAAAGAUGGUUUUAUAGCCAGGUGUGGUAGCACAUGCCUGUAUUCCCAGCACUCAGGAACCUGAGGCAGGAGGAUCACCAUAAGUUCAAGGUCAACCUGGCCGACAUACUGAGUUCAAGGCUAGCCUGAACUACAUAGUGAGACCCUGUCUCAAAAAAAAACAAAAAAAUAAAGAUAGAUUUGAGUUUUGGAAGUAAUCCCAAGUUGUUCAUAGCACAAGGGAAUGAAUAGAAAUGGUAAUUAAGGUAAGUCAUGCCUUUUUUCCCCCUUUAAAUAAAAUCCCUAGGAAAUGUUUUGAAAUGAACUGGGACUUAGCUUCUCAAUGUGACAGUUCAAGGGAGGACAGUAGUCAGUUGUAUGCACAACUUCUAGAGGUUUCAUUUGUUAAAAUCUGUUCUCUUGCUGUGCCCUGUGUGUGUUCCCAUCUCUGCAUACACUGCAGACAUAGUGCAUAUUCAUUUGUAUGAACAUCCAGUAGGUGUUCUGUAAAACCAACUUGUACUUAGAUGCAUGUUAUUGUCCUGUAUGCUGUGACAGGUGUUUCUUUGUCACGAAACCUUACUUCUUCACAGAAUGAAAAUACUGUCCUCUAUAUAAGGCAGGACAUCUACAGCAUUUUCUUGUAUCAGCUCUCAAAGUUUUGAUGCCCGGUGUUGUGUUUACAUGUGAUUUUGCCUAGGAUUCUGUUCUCAGACACCUAUAUUUAUUACAAAGCAAAAUGUAAGCAGAUUUAUCUGCAGUAGUUUUAUUUGAAUCAAGGUGUUUUUCCCUUUUGAGGAGGGACAGCAGAACCCCCUCCUCCUUGCAGCACUUAGAGUCUGUAUAAUUCUGUAAAACAAGGGCGAGUGCAGGCACCCAAUGUCAGCCAAACUUCUGACAGCCCUAGUGCCACUGCCCUUUCCGCCUGCUGUGUGUGUACGUGUGUGUAUGUGCUUGUGUCACUGUGUAUGGUAGCCAUGUGCUGUGAAUGCUGGUAGCUGGGUGUAACCUUUGGCAUCUUUGGAUUGCUGGUCUGUAUUGAGUGGUGUUGUACAGAGCUGUACAGCCAGAUGGGUCUGUGUACAGAGUGGGGAAGUCCAAGCACAUGGCAUGUCCCCCACAGCAAAUACAGAUUCUGUUGGUCAGCCAAAGAUUUUCUUAUUCUUUGCUGCUUAAACUUGUGCCUUAAUAUUGUAUAUAAUAAAUGGAUAAAAUGGCAAA